AUGGGACUUAUUGAAUUACCCGCAGAAAUAAUUGUUGAGAUUUACCAAAAUUUAAAUGACUGGGAAGAUGUUUUAGCAAACCAACAUGUUUGUAAAUUUAUUAAAAAUGUGCUAUGUGAAAAUGCUUCAAAACUUGCUCGUCCACCUAUUAAAAUGUUUAUUGAAAAUAAAACAGGCGGAAUAAGUUUUAAUAGUUCAAGUUGUAAUUCAAGUUUUAAUAUUGAUGGGUUAAAAAUCUCUUUUCAACAAUACAACAAUUAUUCCAACUUUUUACAAAUUAAUAACUUUACAAAUUGUAUUUAUUCUCCUUUUGACCGUUUACAAAUAUUGUCUCUGAACAUUAACGGUCCUCUAACUGAAAAUCAACUCUAUUCCAUUGCUGAUCAUUUAAAAAUUGGAAAACAACGGAAAAUAAAAUCUAUAUGCUUAGAAAAUAUUUAUUUUGAAACUUCCCCAUCUACAAAUUAUUUAUUUUCUCAAUUAUUCCAACAACAAAAAUUUCAAAAAAUAAAAAUAAAAAAUUGUUUUUAUUCAAAUAAAAUAUUAAAUAAAUUUUUUGACGAUUUUAGUCAAUUAAAAAUUAAUUUGGACAAAUUCAAUUUUAAAAAUAAUAAAUUUAUUGAAUUUUCUGUUUUUUCACUACAAAAGUUUGCUUGGGAUUUGCGUUACAAAAUGAAGAGGAAUUUACAACCUUUUGUUUGGGAAGGCGUAUUACCCGUGAAUUUACAACUUUACAAUACCUUUGUGGAAACUUUGUGCCUUUUUAUUGAGAAUUGGCUCUAUAACAAUGAAACUACGCCUAAUUUCCAUAUUAAAAUUAAAAAUUGUUCGGACCAAUUUGCCCUUGAUUUUACCAAUUGUUGCGCACAGAGACGACUUUUAUAUGCUUCCGACUUCAGAUUUUACUCAAAAACUCAACAUUUAGCUUAUAUUCAGGGAAAAUUCAAUUUUGAAAAACGUGUUUUUGAACUUUUUCCGGAAAGAAGUUUACAACAACUUUAUCAGGUUUCAGUAUGCCGAACAUUUCCUUCUGCAAUAUCUUUUGCUCGUUUUUAUCGCGAUGUUUUUUGA